GCCUGCUAGGAGGCGCUGGCCUUGCCAGGCAAAGCCGCCGGGUGCCACCGCAUGGGCGAUGGCAGUUCAGCUGAAGGCAUGCAGGACGUCAUCGCGCCCUGGGUGUUCACCAGGAUGCCAGAGGUGGUCGACUACAGCCCCGAGCACGUUGUGCUCAGCUGGUCGGGCGGUUGGCACGCUGGGAAUCAGGACGAUGGAGACCUUUACUUCGACGUGAAGGUGCAGGCCAACUCCCUGGACAGCAAAGCGCGGACUUACCGCUUCGCGAAAACCCCCGAGGAACGGUAUGUGCGAGGCAGGAAGCCGGUCCCCGAGGCAAGACUACAGCUUCACAGUGCUCCCGGUCUCCAUCGGCGGGGACAGCCUGUGCAGCCCGUUCUUCGUGGAGAUAGCGGCCCCUGUGGCGCCAACGCAGCUUCGAAAGGCGCUUCCCGACGCGCCACCGCAGCUGCCAGAGGCGCCCGCCACGGCGCUGGCGAGACCACCACCACGGCUAUCCUCCGAGGCCGCGUUCUUGUGGAAUUGGGUGUGCCAACAGAGGCAGCAUUUGCCGGAGGCGGUCUCCAGCGCACGGGCGUGGUCGCCAGAAGCUACCCAUGCGGCACCGGCAGGGCCGCCAGAGCCAUCCUCCGAGGCACUCGGUCUGUGGCGCUGGCUGGACCAGCGAGGCCCUUCUUCGCUGGAGGUGCUCUCCGGCGAGCCUGCGCGGCCACCCAGGGCGUCUUCCGUGCGGCCGGGGGAGCUCCGCGGCGCGCCGGCGCGGCCGCCCGAAGCGCGGCAGCUCUUCGGCGAGGGGGCGGGGCCGCGGCUGGCGCCUCCCAGCGCAGAGGCGGUGGCCGAGCAGCCGGUGGCCGAGCUCGCCCCGGGGGCCGAGCGCCUGGCGGCGGCCGAGCGCGCUCGGGAGGCCGAUCUGCGGGCGGCCGGGCGCCCUCCGGAGGGCGGGUGCGCGCUGAAGGCCGAGUUGCGGGCGGCCGCGCGCCCGCCAGAGGUCCAGGCUCUGCAAGUCAAGAGGUGCCACGCAACCUCGGUCGAACUGGAGUGGAUCGUGCCCGAGCAGGAGGUCGGCUGCUUCCACGUGAGCGUCUACCGCAGGGACUCGGCCGCCCGAGACGGCGCCGAGGCUCGCCGGCUGGAGCUGGUGCGGGUGGAGGUGGCGCGCCGCGGAGAGCCCCUGGCGAGACAGCGGCUUGCCGUAGGCGGGUUGACGCCAGGCACAAGCUACAUGCUCGAAGUGGUGUCCAGCAAGGCGGACAGGACCUCCGUGGCGGUGCGCGUCGACGCUUGCACCUGCGGGCCGCUGGACGCCCCCGGCUCGGCGGGUCGAGGACCCGCAAAGAUACUGUGGACGAAGACGCCCCUCCUCCAGGUGACCUGA